GACAACGAAGUCGCCCUAUUACUCAUAUACAGUAUAUCAACAGAACUGCAUUCAACUUCGUCGAGCCCACCCAUUGUCAAGAUGUUUUCGGUUGUCGCUGAGCUGUAAAUUCCCACUACGAGGCCCUUGGUCGGGUGCUACACUCGACCGUUGGGUCUCGUAGUCACACAGCAUCAUCGAGUAAACCGACUCUUCGACGAAGUUUCCCAGACCAUUUCCGCACGUCCUGAGCCCAGUCUCAUCACCAGGGCGCUUCGACAGCUAGAAAGGCCUGUCUCUUGAAAGUCAACAGCACAGACAACCACACACACAUUCUGUCCCAAGGGGCUUCGACAAUCGAUCCAGCACUUUGCAACCCGCUACACUCCUUUCCCUCCUCGUCCUCCUCGUCCUCCUCGUCCUCCUGCUCCUCCUCCAAGAAUACCUCUCUCGAACUCGAUCAACCUGCUCCAGCAUUGAGCAAACAUUUUAGUGGUCCAAGUCUCUCAUUUGGAUUUCCAUUUUACAACUAUUCCGACAUGCCCAAGAUCAAGAUCAAACGGGCAGCCAAGGGUGGCAAGUCCGUCAAGGGUGUCAACAAGCGUCCGCUGAAGGGACCCAAGAAUCCCGUGCCCCAGGCGCGCCGCGACUCGUCCUCAUCUCUGUCCUCCCCAGCCGACCUCUCUGACGAGGACGGCUACUCCGCCGUCGACGAUGUCAGUGAUUCAGAUGAUGACGACGAGGAACAUGUCUUUGCGGCCGAGGAGGAGCAUAUCAUUUCCAAUGAAUGGCAUCAAGGCCGAGAUGCCUUUGCCAGCUCCCCUCGGCCGGGUUUCAUGGGUAUUUUCGAGUACCAAGAUGACGCUGCUGCCGAUGCGGACAAUGACCAGUCCGACGACGACGAGACCAGCGCCUCGCAGCAAGGUAUGCAGAGCUUUUCUAGCGACAUUGAUUUUAACGAUGCUGCAGAGGAGAGCAGCAAUGACAGCGAAAGCUGGAAUGGCUUUCCUAUGGAAGACGAGCCCGCCGCUGCCCCAAUGGAUACUUCCUUAGCAGCGGAUUUGGAAUCUCCAGUCCAGCGUCAUGUUCGCUUUACAGGUGUGCCCGAGUCAGAGUCCGAAUCGGACGAGACUGAUCACGAUGAUUUCUUCCCCGACAUCUUUGUUUCUCAGCAAUCACUUGACCCCUGUUUCCGCCGUGAAAUCGAGCAGGACGACGACGACGAUGACAACUCGUCCGUCUCCCUGAGCUUUUGGGAUCAUACAGAAGCGGCUGAAGCUGAAGAGCUAUCAGACCGCGAGCGUGACUUGAGCGAGGUCCCUGACUUCCCCCUCGACAACCGCGAAUUUGGCGGGGGCGAGCUCAUUGGAUUCAGGGACUCGCAGGAGCCGCGCACGCCAGUCCCUGAACGGGAUGAGACGUGGGGACAGAACCGGGGAUACGGUGGUCAGCCCGAUGCUGCUGACAGUGACGCUGUUGAGCCCAUCGCUGUCGAUCUAGAAGAUGAGGAAGAUGAAGAGGAGUCCGAGGGUUAUGACUCUGACGGUGACACCACCGACGAUGACAAGCCCACACUUAUCUCUCGCAGGAAUGUGACUCCUGUUAAACAACAAGGCGCUUCACCGGGAGCAGGGUCCGAUACGGAGGCUGGUGAGGGCAACAAGGCGGGUGAAGCCAUGUCGCACACUGGCCGGCUUCCUGUCCGCCCCACCAAGAAACCGAUUUGCGUCCUGAACCCGCACACCC